AUGUCCUCUACGCCGAAAGACGCACCUGAGACCGCCGAGCCUUCCAAGACGAAGGAGGCCGACUCGCAACCAUGGAACGACGUUAAGCGCAGGAAGUUCGAGACUAAAUCGAAGAGCGAAUUCUACGAUCCAUGCCAGGAGGCUGCGCAGGCGAGCUAUAGAUGUCUGUUCAGGAAUGGAGGCGAUAAGAACAUGUGCGGAGAUUAUUUCCAGGCAUAUCGUGACUGCAAGCAAGUGUGGACCGAGAAGCGCAGAAAGGAGAGCGGUGGCUGGUUUUAA